GUUUCAAAUGUAUAAUAACCAGAAAUAGAUGGAGUCCACAGUUUGCCCAGAGUCCACGGUUGUCCCCUGGUGAGUCCCCGGGCCUCAGUUUGGGAACCCUCUGCAGCAGUCACAGUUGACGUGAGGGUGAUUAAAAAUGAAGCGCUAUAGAAACCAGCAGGCCAAUGAAGGCGCAGGGAGCUGUUUACAAGGGGGGUGUACCGUUUCUAUGGUUGCUGGACAAACCUCCUGCAACCAGGUAUUAAACUGCCUCCCCGACGGAUCCUGCAGCCCGCUAUAACACCCGUUAUAAAGACCUCCACGGAUGAGAAGAGGCGGCCAGCGCAGCGCCAAACUCUCAGUCCACAGGAAUUUCUCUUUUUCCUUCUUUCACUCUCGAGCUGGAGACAGGUGCGCUCAGAGCUGCUGCACGGUCAGAGCUCCAGCAGGAUUUUAAAGGUCUCUCUUCUCAACAUUUCAGCUGACUGAGGGUGGUGUUGGCGAGAGGAGGAGGAGAAGGAGCUGGGUGACAAAGAGGAGAGAAGUGUUUGUGAGAGUCAUGUUGUCACUGAGCUGUGCCGACCCGUGGCCUGAAGGCUCGGUGGGUCUGGAGGAGGAGGUGGUGACCGCCGCUGCCCAGGCUGAGGAGCGGGACAGCGCCAACAACACCAGCAGCACCGGCAGCUGCUGCAGCAGCUCCGUCAACCUGGACGACAGCCUGACCAGCCUGCAGUGGCUGCAGGAGUUCUCCAUCCUCGGUGCCAACGUGCCGCAUCAGGCCCACCACCAGCCGCACCUGUUCGGCCAGCAGCCGCACGGCUCCGACGCCCCGGCCUCCCCUCUAGCCGGGGACCCCGCCUCCAUGGGGAUGCCCCUGACCCCAGGGAAGCCUACAGCUGCGGCCUACAGCAGGAUGCAGAGCCUCCCCAGCAUCGUGGCGCACGGGCACUGUCCCGAUGAGGUGGACUACAAGACGAACCCGCACAUCAAGCCCCCCUACUCCUACGCCACGCUCAUCUGCAUGGCCAUGCAGGCCAGCAAGAAGACCAAGAUCACUCUGUCCUGCAUCUACAAGUGGAUCACAGACAACUUCUGCUUCUACCGGCACGCUGAUCCCACCUGGCAGAACUCCAUCCGUCACAACCUGUCGCUCAACAAGUGCUUCAUCAAAGUGCCGCGGCAGAAAGACGAGCCAGGCAAAGGUGGCUUCUGGAAGAUCGACCCGCAGUACGCUGAGCGCCUCCUGAGCGGCGCUUACAAGAAGAGGCGGAUGCCCCCGGUUCAGAUCAACCCGGCCUUUCAGAACAGGCUCAGGGUCAACCUCCAGCCGCAGUCCAGAGGCCUCUUCAGCCACACAGGAGGUUUAAACAGCCUGUCCAUGAACCCAGAGUCCAGCAGGCUCCUUCAGGAGUUCGAGGAGGCGACCGGUGCCGACCAGAACUGGGAUCCUCAUCUGGCUGAGGGGACGAUGCUGGGCUCCUGGCCCACCGUCAGAGGAAGGAGCGGGCUGAAGAGGAAGCAGGCUCAAGGCUUCAGGAACGGCGCCAAAGCCCUGCGACGUUCCAGCUCCCCUCUGCUCUCCACGGACGACCCGAAAGAGCUCGGACCUCUGAAGGGGGACUUCGACUGGGACGCCCUGCUGGACUCGGCCCUUAAUGGGGAACUCAGUUUAGACGGUGGAGACUCGCUGAGCCCCAUCAUCAAAGAGGAGGACCUGAGCAUCCGGGGGACCCACAUGUCUCCUAUCGAACCCCCUGCAGGUGGAGCAGACAUCCACGUGUUGGUGGAGACCCAGAGGAACAAUGACGUCACAAACUUUGAUGAGGAGACCUUCCUCGCCACGGCGUUCCUGGAGAGCCCCUGGCCUGAGGAAGAGGAGCAAGGCCGCAAUGACUUACUUUGUAGCUCUGCAGUCAACCUGGACCAACUGUUUGACCUCGGAGACUCACUCGGGGGAGAUCCAAGCACCCGGAUUGACACCCUGCUCUGAGGAAGUGUUGCUUCCAGGACUUCUUCCACACUAAAGACUCGCGGUUACCCAACAGGGGAAUAACAGACUGCUUUUUUACACUCAAGUAACAUUUAUCAUCUCAAGAUGUUCAAGUGUUUUUAGAAUGACAUGUUUAUGCAGGAUGUUCAUCCUCAAUGCAGACUGGAACAUGAUGCCACAGCAGGAACUCAGAUUUAGGGCAUCACUAACUCGUCCCAACCAAGAACAUGCUCACACUAAUGGACAACAUUAGCUUCCUGUGCUUCUGUGUCCUCUGAACAGGGAGUGAACUGAGGAGUUUGUUGCAGAUUAUUAGUGUUGAGGAGCUGGAUGCAGUACUACAAUGCCACUCAGCCCUGCAGAGAGCUCGUCUGUGCAAACACAGGACCGCAGCACGAAUAAGAAGAGACAACACGGUCUCUGUUUACAUCGUAUCGAGUGUGUUCAUGUGUACGUAGAGCUGAAGGCAUCUGAUCCACAUAGUGAUGAAAGAAGCAUCAUUCAGAACCAGGCGAUGAUCAUUAGAGGUGCGUUCUGUUAGCCGGGAUGAAGGAUUUAUAAAUAUGACUGUAUAUAUCGUGACAGCAGCACUAAGAGAAAGAUUAAUGAGUAUGUGCCAAAUGACGUUUGGUGUAGACGUGAUUUUCUGAACAUUUUUUGGAUUCUUGUUUUUUGGUUUUGGGUUUUUUUGUACUAACUGUUCUCUUUAUGCAUUUUACAAAAUGACUUAGUUGCAGUUUAAUAGCUCAAAUGUGAUUAUGCAGCGUGUGUAUGGAGACGUUUCUGCUUCAUGUCAGACUGAGAUAUCCUCUGAAGUACUUAAAACAUUUCUGUGAUGCAGCAGUGGAGGUCACAGGAGUUCAACGUACAUGAAACACCUGGAGGCGAGUUUCUCCAACAAAGAUCCAGUAAGACCUCAAAGUGGUGACUUUAUAAAGCGCCUCGUAAAUGAAUACCUGACCUUCUCCGUGCCAAGAACAACACUUGGAACUCGACAGUGUUUUUAAUCACAAAGAGGAAACGUCUGUGUUAGGAGCUGCAUCAACAAAACACCAAAUCCCUCCACACACACACACACACACACACACACACACACACUGAAGCGCUGCAGUUUCUCCUCCUGUCCUCCUGUAAAUGUGUGAAAGUGCAAUCAUUGUACAGUGAUACCUGUUGUAUAUGACAUCAGCUGUAGAAGUGUGUCCAUGCUGUUUACAGUGGAGAGGUCUCCCUCUGUUGUGUUCUUGGAGGUGUGAACUCACUCCUCCAGGACAAAGGGUUCCUCUGAAGGACCAAGAAACCUGGACCGUGAUUGUGUAUUAGCUCUUCUUAGAUGAAAUAACACUUUUAAACAGUAGUUGAGUUUUCAUGUGACCUCAUGAUUGGGUUUGUAAAGUCAGAGAAAGUGUCUGGACUCAUUUCCUGUUUUUAUUUCUUUUUCACAAAUAAAGAAAAAUGAGAUUUAUGACAA